AUGUCUUUUAAAGGUGAUAAAUGUAGUGGGGGAAAACAUAGUAAAGAUCGAAUAACCUUACUUGUGGGAGCAAAUAUGGACGGCACAGAAAAAUUACAAUUACUAAUGAUUGGUAAAUCAAAAAAUCCAAGGUGCUUUGAAAAUGUAAAAACAAAACCUGUAAUGACGAGAAAUAUUUUUGAAGAAUGGCUGCUCGAUCUAAAUCGCAGGUAUCAAAGAAAAAACAGAAAAAAUAUCCUAUUUAUUGAUAACUGCCAGGCUCAUAAAUCAGUACCUGCUAUGGAAAAUGUCACAGUUAAGUUUUUUCUGCCAAACAUGACGUCAGUGCUACAACCAAUGGAUCAAGGCGUCAUUAAAAAUUUAAAGCAUUUUUACGGAAGUCUAGUAGUGCAAUACCUCCUUACUGAAUCUUCUAUAAAGCUUCCAGUUACCUUCCUCGAUGCAUCAAGAAUGUGCAUGGUCUUCAGUGAGUCAAAAAACGAUAGCAAACUUUUCGAUGAAGAAAAUUUAACUCUUCCUACUGCAUGGACAGACAGCAUACUAUUUCAUGAUUUCGUCAACGUCUAUGAAAACAUAGACAUUUGUGGAGAGCUAUCUGAUACAGAUAUUGUAUCCGAAGUUCUUAACGAACAGAGCAAGUCAACAGAAGACGAUGAAGAUAUUGAAAAUGACAUAGAAUAG